AUGUCCCCCACUUCCUAUCCCAAAAACCCGCUCGUCUGGAUCGACUGCGAAAUGACGGGUCUCGACGUCUUAGGCACCGACAACAUCAUCGAAAUCGCCUGUUUCAUAACCGACGGAGAUCUAAAUAUCAUCGACCCCCAAGGAUACGAAUCCACAAUCUACUAUCCCGAACAACGCCUCUCCCAAAUGAAUGAAUGGUGUAUAUCAACCCAUGCUGCAUCCGGAUUGACACAACGGAUUUUGGACCAUCCUGAACAGACUUUGGAAAAAGUACAAGGGGAAUUAUUGGAAUAUAUCAAGAAAUAUAUCCCCAAGAAGAAUGUCGGUAUCAUGGCGGGGAAUUCAAUACAUAUGGAUAAAUUUUUCAUGAUGAAGGAAUUUCCACGAGUGAUUGAGCAUCUACAUUAUCGAUUGGUGGAUGUGAGUUCGAUUUCGGAGGUUGGAAAACGACAUUCACCAAGAUUGAUGAAGUUGAUGCCGUCGAAGAAACAAUUACAUACUGCGAAAUCGGAUAUUUUGGAGAGUAUUGAGCAGUUGAAGUGGUUUAGGGAACAUUAUUUGAAAGGUGGUGCUGACGAGGUUCCGAUGGAUGCUGCGAGGGAGAAGAGAAGAGAGAGACAUGAAAUGAAGAAGGAGGAGAAUAGACGAGAGGUUAUUGAGGAGAUGAGGAGUUUGCUUGGAAAGAUUGAAGAAGCAGAUGGGAAGAAGGAGGAUGUGAAAUUGUAUGUUGAGCAAUGUAAUGAUUUGUUGAUUGCAUUAGAUGAAAGUAAUAAGAAACAAAAGAUUCAAUAG